GUGUGUACAGACCCUCGCAAGCACACGCGUAUAUAAACAACAGUAAGAGUGUUUGUAUGUACAUAAACGAAUACAAAUUAGAAAUAAUGCACUGCUACUAGCUGUGUUUAAAAACGAUAGACGCAGACAGCAGUUGUUCAUAUUUUCGGUGUUAUCAUUUGUGUCCUGGGACGGCUCUAAGUAUUAACAUCAUUUACCAACUAAAGAAGGUUUUUAACAAUGACUUCAGCGACUUACAUAACUUUAAUAUGCCUAGCCUUUGUAGGAGCAGCUACAGCAGGCAGCGGUUGGUCAUAUACCGAUGUGACAAGCUGGUCAAAGGAUAAUCCGAACUGCGCAAAAAAGUCUCAGUCACCAAUCGACAUUAAAAUUGACAGCGUUGAAGAUGUAGACUUCGAGCCAUUUGUCUUCACGAAGUAUAAUAAAUAUAGCAGCGCUAACUUGACAAAUAAUGGACAUACUGUACAAUUAGAUGUUAAAGGACUUAUUUUAUCUGGAGGUAAUCUGACAGAAAAUUACGAAACUCUCCAAUUACAUUUCCAUUGGUCUGCAAAUAACGCAAUGAAAGGAUCGGAACACGCUGUUGAUAGCAAGUAUUACCCACUAGAAGUAAGCUAAGUAAAAGUUUUAUUU